AUGUCAUCUGUGGUCUUACACUAUUUCGGCUUGGGCAGCGUUGCCCCAAAGCCAGAGGUCAAACAGCAGCCCAUCCGUGCCCUGCCAGCAUCCUGGUACACAUCACCAGAGAUGUACGAGCUGGAGCGCCGCGCUAUCUUCAGCAAGCGGUGGCUCUUCAUGACCCAUAGCUCGCGUCUCAAGGAGGUGGGCGACUGGCUCCGAUAUGAACUGGCAGGCUUCGACAUCAUUAUUAUUCGAGACCGCCAAGGUAGUGUAAACGCCUUCCACAACGUUUGCCGCCACCGCGCCUAUCCCGUCGUCGAGAAUGAGGGUUCCGGAAAUGCAAAGAUCCUGGCCUGCCGGUACCACGGCUGGUCGUAUGGACUGAACGGCAAGCUCGCCAAGGCAACGGGCUACCAGGGCCUUGACUUUGAUAAGGACAGUAAUGGCCUCCUGCCGAUUCACACCAAGGUCGACGUUAACGGAUUUGUCUGGGUGAAUCUCGACGCAAAGGAGGUCCCAGAGGUUCCCUGGGAAGAGCACUUUGAGGGCGUUGACACACAAGAGCGAUACCGGACUCUGGGCUUGAAUUUCAACGACUACGACCUGGACCAUUCCUAUGAGCUUGAAGGGCAUUAUAACUGGAAGAUUCUUGCGGAUAAUUUCAACGAGUGCUACCACUGCCCAACUACGCAUUCUGAUAUCCCUAACUUCCUCAACUUGGACUCCUUCGACAGUGAUACGAAAGACGGGCACAUCCAGCACCACUGUGACCCAAAUGAAGAUCAGAUCAGGGAAGGUCUCUUCACUGCUAGCACGUACUACUUCCCCAUGUCUGCUAUGGUUAUCUCGUAA